UUUUGCAGAAAAACCCAGCUGGGAAAUUGCAGUAAAGAUUUACAUAGGGGUGAUUUGUUGACUUACCGGGUGGCUUUUGAUUGAAAUUUAUUGAGAAAAUCCAACUGAAAAGUGCCAGUUGUUCAGUGAGGGGAAAUUCUUCCCACCACGUCCCAGUGGUGGGGGUAGCCGAUUUGCCAUCGUGUAAAAAGCCGCUAUCGAGCGAGACGCGGCACAGUUUUCAGUGAGUCGUUGUGCUGUGCGGUAGGAAUUAUCGUGUGUUCAACUGUUCUCUUCUUAAUUAAUACAAAAAGUCCCAGAAAAAUCAUCCAAAAAUGAGGGAAAUUGUUCACAUUCAGGCUGGACAGUGUGGAAACCAGAUUGGAGCUAAGUUCUGGGAAAUUAUCUCAGAUGAGCAUGGAAUUGAUGCCACCGGAGCUUACCAUGGAGACAGUGAUCUUCAGCUUGAGCGCAUUAAUGUGUACUACAAUGAGGCUUCUGGUGGAAAAUAUGUGCCACGUGCCGUACUCGUUGAUCUCGAGCCCGGUACGAUGGAUUCUGUGCGUUCAGGUCCCUUUGGCCAAAUCUUCAGGCCAGACAAUUUUGUCUUUGGACAAUCUGGUGCCGGUAAUAACUGGGCCAAGGGACAUUAUACGGAGGGUGCUGAGUUAGUAGACUCAGUUUUGGAUGUGGUGCGAAAGGAGGCUGAAUCCUGCGACUGUCUCCAGGGAUUCCAGCUCACCCACUCUCUUGGAGGUGGUACUGGGUCUGGUAUGGGGACACUGUUGAUCUCAAAAAUUAGGGAGGAAUAUCCAGACAGAAUCAUGAACACCUACUCAGUUGUCCCAUCCCCCAAAGUAUCAGACACCGUUGUGGAACCCUACAAUGCCACCCUGUCAGUUCACCAGCUUGUCGAAAAUACCGACGAGACCUACUGCAUCGACAAUGAAGCCCUCUAUGACAUCUGCUUCCGUACCCUUAAGCUUACCACCCCCACAUAUGGUGACCUCAACCACCUCGUGUCCCUGACAAUGAGCGGAGUGACGACGUGCCUGCGUUUCCCUGGUCAGCUGAAUGCUGAUCUGCGCAAACUGGCCGUCAACAUGGUGCCGUUCCCGCGACUCCACUUCUUCAUGCCCGGUUUCGCUCCGCUCACGUCACGUGGUUCACAGCAGUACCGUGCCCUCACGGUGCCCGAACUCACGCAGCAGAUGUUCGAUGCUAAGAAUAUGAUGGCAGCCUGCGACCCACGCCACGGACGUUACCUUACAGUUGCUGCCGUCUUCCGUGGACGCAUGUCCAUGAAGGAGGUGGAUGAGCAGAUGUUGAACAUCCAGAACAAGAACAGCAGCUACUUCGUUGAAUGGAUUCCCAACAACGUAAAGACAGCCGUGUGUGAUAUUCCACCACGAGGACUUAAGAUGUCGGCUACAUUCAUUGGAAACUCCACGGCCAUCCAGGAGCUCUUCAAGCGUAUCUCAGAACAAUUCACAGCUAUGUUCAGGCGUAAGGCUUUCUUGCAUUGGUACACUGGCGAAGGCAUGGAUGAGAUGGAAUUCACUGAAGCUGAGAGUAACAUGAACGAUUUGGUUUCUGAGUACCAACAAUACCAGGAGGCCACAGCUGAUGAAGAUGCCGAAUUCGAUGAAGAGCAGGAGGCUGAAGUUGAGGAGAACUAAAUUUUUUUGUGGGAAUGUAAGAGAUUCAUUUUUUUUUUCAAAAAAAAAAGAAAAACAAAAUAAUUCCUUGCAAAUAAAACUUGUCUCUCGUUUUUGUUUCUUAAAAGAGAUAAAAAAAAGUAAUGUAAAAGCCAUCAAUGGAAAGAAAAUCAACUUCACUGCCCACGAAAAUUUUUAGCAUUAAGAAGAAAAAGAGAGAGAGCUUUUGAAACUUCCCAUUCCCUCACUUGAAUUUGUUUCUUUUUUGUACGUUCCCCCUCUCACAUCCAAGUGAAAGAUUCGUGAGCUUUCUGUUACAUCCCUUCGAGAUAGUUUUCCCAUUUCAAUUUUGUUACAAUCCCAUCCUCUCCCCCGUGAAGUCCCCUUGGCUGGAUUUGGUUUGUUUCAAAUCUUUCAAAAUGUAGAUUUUAAGGCAUUUAGCUGAUGAACCGCUUCCGAGUCGAAUUGAUGUAACAGAAUGUGAAAAAUAAACGUCUCAAAGUCAAAA